UCCGUGCGCUCUCUCCCGCCUCUUCCAUUUGCUCUCUAAAUUCUCUCUCUCUCUUUCUCUCUGUCCAUGCUUUUUAGGGCUAAUUGACCCAGCUCCAGAACAUCAAUUCACAGAGCUUCGACUGCCACAUACAGCGUGCACCCUGAAGAGUUAACUGGAUUAAGAGUUGAUCAUAGAUCCUCGAUAGUACGGCAACAGCAGGAACGCCUGUGAGGGAAGAAGAAGCCCAUGCGAACAGUGCGUGGACUGAACAACACCGUUUCAUUAAGAGCAGUGCCAAACAUGUGAGAAGAUGUCUGUUGGAGGUUGUGCUUGCCCAGGCUGUUCGUCCAAGUCGUUCAAGCUGUACUCCCCAAAGGAGCCUCCCAACGGUAGUGCCUUCCCUCCAUUUCACCCAGGCGCAAUGCUGGAUAGAGAUGUGGGUCCAACACCAAUGUAUCCCCCUUCUUACAUGGAACCUGGAAUGGGGAGGCACACGCCGUAUGGGAAUCAAACAGACUACAGAAUAUUCGAGCUUAAUAAAAGGUUACAGAAUUGGACAGAGCAGGACUGUGACAAUCUGUGGUGGGAUGCGUUCACUACAGAGUUUUUUGAAGAUGAUGCUAUGCUGACUAUCACAUUCUGUCUGGAAGAUGGACCCAAGCGAUAUACUAUUGGCAGGACUUUAAUCCCACGAUACUUCAGAAGUAUUUUUGAGGGCGGGGCCACCGAGCUCUUCUAUGUUCUGAAACAUCCCAAGGAGUCUUUCCACAACAACUUUGUGUCCCUGGACUGCGAUCAGUGCACCAUGGUUACACAGAAUGGCAAACCCAUGUUCACACAGGUGUGUGUGGAGGGCCGACUGUACCUGGAGUUUAUGUUUGAUGACAUGAUGCGUAUAAAAACGUGGCACUUCAGUAUCAGACAGCAUAGAGAGGUUGUGCCGAGGAGCAUCCUUGCAAUGCAUUCUCAAGACCCUCAAAUGCUUGACCAGCUAUCAAAAAACAUCACGAGAUGUGGCUUAUCUAACUCUACGCUGAACUACCUCCGACUUUGUGUUAUCCUAGAGCCCAUGCAGGAGCUGAUGUCCAGACACAAGACGUACAGUCUCAGCCCACGGGACUGCCUGAAAACCUGUCUGUUUCAGAAAUGGCAGAGGAUGGUGGCCCCACCAGCCGAGCCUGCGAGACAAGCCCCCAGCAAACGAAGAAAACGAAAAAUGUCGGGGGGCAGCACCAUGAGUUCGGGAGGGGGCAACAACAACAACAGCAACAGUAAAAAGAAAAGUCCAGCCGGCGGUUUUGCGCUCUCCAGCCAGGUACCUGACGUGAUGAUGGUGGGAGAGCCCACUCUGAUGGGAGGGGAGUUCGGGGACGAGGAUGAGCGGCUCAUCACGCGGCUGGAGAACACACAGUUUGAUGCGGCCAAUGGCAUCGACGACGAGGACAGUUUCAACAGUUCCCCAGCCCUGGGCACCAACAGCCCCUGGAACAGCAAAGCCCCCUCCAGCCAGGAGAGCAAAAAUGACAACCCCACCUCGCAGUCAUCCCAGUAGAAGCGUUAGGGGCUAGCGAAAGGCUCGUUUGAGGACAUACUCGCAUGACAUUUCCUAAAGCCUUGAUUAGUCCUCGAUUGGCUCUCAUUUUUGUAUCUUACGGUGCAAGAGUAAAACUCAUCGCCAUCCGCGAAACAUGACAUUUUGUUGAUUUCGUUGAUUCUUUGAGUCGUUUUCCAGCCAUGCCAUCAGUCAGAGCCUCGACUCGAUCAGGCUUAGCAAAGGCAGCCGUAUCUGUGGGUUAUUGUUCCAACCUCGGGUCUCUCUGUUGCUGUGCUGUGACACGCACGGCCGUUUCUGUUGUGCUCACCUGACAGGAAAGGAUCACGUUUAUUUAAGCGUUUAGGCUAGUGAUGACCAUUGUGUGCACCUCAGACUCAAACCCAACGCUCCGUUUUUAAAACCUAAAUUAUUUGUUUUGUAGGACCUGGUUGGAACAAAAACCUGUACAGUACCGGAGCUUGAGGACCGGAGUUGAGAACCACUACGUAAAGUCCUUAAAGUAAAACGAAAUAAAGUGUAAAGCAUUGGAGUUCUUGAGUUUGGUCAUGCCCAAAAUGGUCACGGAGACCAUAAAGCCAGACUCAAAGUGUUUAAUUUUUGUAUUUUGUUUUUGUUUUUUUAUUUUUAUAACUAUUUCUAAGGAGAAAAUAAGCAAGCAAAAUGAAACUCUAGAUAUCCUUUGCACUCUUGUCACUGUAUUUUGGAUAUAUUUUUCUUAAAAAAAAAUUAUGAUGAAUUUUGUUCUUAUUAAAAAAAUGAUCAUCUGUAACUGGAAAAAAUGCUGUCAAUCUCAUUGUAAAAUAACAAAUUUUGUAUUGUUAUUGCUAUCAAUAUUAUUGUAAGUACUAGAUGCUACUUGCUCUGAGCUUUACAUCUUUACUCUCAUUCUGUUUGUUUAGAUUGUCACUGAAAAAGGAUUACAUGAUCAUGGCAUGUAUGUCUGAGAACGGCAUGUGUCAGACAUUAGCUAGUUCAGCUGUAACAGUCCCAUUGUUUGCAGGAUCUAAAUCCUACACUGUUAUUACCACUGGCAUCACAUUCUGUUCAUAGAUAAAAUGCAGGUGGCCAGACCAUAGCUAUGUACUUUUUAGUUACAAAAGAACAGAUCAAGUCUAAAGUUUUUGUUUAACCCAGUUGUUCACACUGAUUCGUUUGCUAGGAAAGUUUAGGAAAACCUUUUUAAAGAUGGUAUAUGAGAUAUACACUUUAUGAUUUUUUUCUUCCCUAAUGCCACAGACCAAGAAGCAAGAUCCUUUAAUCAACACAUUUAUAAGAAUAUUUUUUCCAUUAUUUUGUUUGUGUAUUUGUGAUUGUAUAUUUAAGAUUGUAGCCAAGUUCUGUAUACGUGUAAUUCUAUUUACUCUUCUUUAGAAGCCUCUUUCAACCUUCACUAAAAAAUCUGUCGUAUGUCAAAAGUAAAACUGAACCUCUCGUUUCAAAACUUGUUUUAGAGACAUUUAAGGUACUACCUUUCACCUAAGAACUACCUUUUGCCUUAGAAGGUAGAUUAUAGUUUUUAAGUCAAUGUACAAUGUAUUUAUUUUUUUAAAGUCUUUGUCAUUGCAUAUAUAUCAAGACAAUACAUGUUGCUGUGUAUUUGAUGUUGCCUCUGUACAUUAUUUCAGCGUUGUUUUAUUAUUCAGAUUGCAUACAAACUUGUAAAUGGAAUUUAAUAAGAAUUCUUAUUAGGUAAGGUUAAAACCGUCCAGAUCAUUAUUUUCCCUCUUCAGGUUAAAGUGUAUUGGGUUAUGAAACACCAGAGGGCACUCCUGUAAGCUCUUCAUCUUAUAAAUAAUGAUUAAACCCUCUCACCACGAGUCUAUGGCAACAUUAUACGAAAAAUUAUUGCUUUGUCUAAACUCCUCUGUCAUAUGUAAAA